GCACUCUGGGGACUAACCAUCUCAGGACUUCGCCCUCCUUCCCCCUUCCCCAAUUUUUGCCUGUGGGGCGAUUCACCACUGAUGCAGAAUAAAAGUCGCAACAGCGUGUUUGCAGAUAGUGUUUUUCAGCCGAGUGCUUAUCAAGCGUUGAUUAGGUCAAAGAAAGUAUUAAAAUCACAUGCGUUUUAUCAAAAAGCUUCUUUUAGAUAUCAAACACCUUAUAUUAGCAUAUUCUUACUUUGUGUCGUCUUGAGGACAGACAUCAUCUCUCUGUGACGAAUGUAAACGAUCGUGGCGAAUUUUUCGCGUUCCAACGGUUGACGUUACUUCAGUAAAUUUUAAGCGCCCGAGCAUUUAAUUUCUCGCAAGUGAAUUAGUGAAUCUGCAAUUUACAUCGAGUUUCUACUUAUACUUUCCCUUUUUUUAAAAAGUGAAUUAUUUAUAAGGACACAUUAAAAUUUUAAUCUUAGGAAUAUGAUCUCCUGCAACAUAUUAAGUUUUUUCUAUUGAAUACCUACCAUCCAAAUGCCACGAGGAAUUUAAGUUUUUAGAUAUGGGCACCAUUGUGUCCAGUUUUCAGCGCCCUUGAUGGAUCAGAAUUGCUCGGCCGGCGAGGUAUCUUACUGAUUUGUUGAAGACUUGGAUGAAAUUAUAAUUUCUGCAUCCACUCAUCCUCUGGAAAGUGAUUCCAUUCUCUUGGGUCCAAACCUCUGAAUAAAAUCGACAGGAAAGUGGAAACAAUUAGUGUCUACCUACACAUUGGAAGUGAUUUUUUGUGACUUAGGCUUACACAGAAAGUUGUAUUGAAUAGUUUCGCAAAGCAUGUACUUAACGGGAUCAACGCACAAAAUUUUCAAACGCGUUUUGAAAAAACUGGACGCCAAUCAAAAAUUUUUCUGGCGUUGGCUGUGACUUCGCCUCAACCUACUGAUCCAAAACUUUCAGAACCGUAAACUAUAGAAACAGCACUAUUUAUUGACUUAUUUCCAAUUCGCGUGUUUAUCUCGUAGUUGUAAUCUAAAACUGUGAUAUUUUAUGUGCGCUUCCAUCAAACUAGAGAAACUCCACCUCCUUUCAUCAUUCUCAUCGGCAGACAGUCCAGCAAGCAUGCCGUCUUCGACCGAUAAAUUUCAUAGUCGAACUAGCCAUGGAUCAAAACAAAUGUGUAUGGUUCCUGGUUUGCGAUGCUACUUCCAGAAAAACAAGGGUCUUAUUCGUCAGCUUCUUGCUGGUUUAACAGUGUCCUGGACAGCCUUCCUGAACGGCGUCUACCUCGGCUGGCCGUCGCCGCUCAUGGAGAUCCUCUCGAAGCCGAACGGCGCCUUCACGGGCUCGCCGUCGGAGCGGGAACUGGAGUUGAUGGUGGCCGCCCUGGACAUGGGCACCAUCUUCUCGCCGAUCCCGUGCUGCUACCUCAUCGACAAGUUCGGGCGGCGGCCCCUCCUCAUCCUGGUCGGGCCGAUGAGUCUCAUCGGGUGGCUCCUCGCCUACUUCUGGGGCUCCAUGACCUCUCUCUACGCGGUGCGCCUCAUCCAGGGCCUCCAGUGCGGCAUCGCCAACACCAUCGUCCCGCUCUACAUCUCGGAGAUGGCGGAGCCGCGCAUCCGGGGCACCCUCAACACCAUCCCCGGAGCCGCCCUCAACGUCGGCGUCCUCUACGGCUACAUCAUCGGGCUCUUCGGCUCCUACGACGCCCUCACCGCUCUCUGCGUCAUCGCCACCGUCCCCUACGUCAUCGCCGUCCUCUUCAUCCCCGAGACCCCCUACUUCCACCUCAUGCGCGGCGAAGAGGACAAGGCCCGGGCGAUCCUCGACUCGACCCGGGACGGCCUCGACGAACUCGAGUUCGCCGAGAUGAAGCGCUCCGUCGCCGAGGAGAUGCAGCAGAACCUGGAGACGAGUCUCCUCACUUCGCCCACCGAUCUCCGCUCCCUCUUCACGGUUCUCUUCACCUACGUCGGUGCCACGUUCACCUACUUCUGGGUGAUCCCCGAGUACGCAGCGCUGACCAUCGGGCGCGGGACCCAGGACAAGAUCAUGUCCACGAACCAAUUCGCGGUUCUUCUCGGUCUCAUCACCCUCGCUGGCACGGUGCCGGCCGCCUAUCUCGUCGACCGGAUGGGCCGCAAGCCCUUGCUCAUGCUCUCCUGCGCCUUGACCGCUCUCUUCGCUUUCGCCGCCGCCGUGUAUUUCUACGUCCGCGAGAAGGACUUGGCCGACACGAGCGGUUGGGGCUUUUGCAUCUGUCUCUUCGUCUCGGGGCUUCUGUGCUCGGCGUCGCUGGGGCUCGGGCAGAUGCCGUUCAUCCUCCAGUCGGAGUACUUCCCGGCCAGCUCGCGCGCCAUCGCCGGAGCCAUCGUGUCUGGUGUCGGCGCCGUCUUCAGUGUCAUCAGCGCGCUCCUCUACCCGGACACGGCCAAGUCCGUCGGCAUGUACUUCAACUACGUCAUCAGCGGUGUGGUCGCUUCCCUCGUUUUCGUCUACUGCCACUUCGAGAUGCUCGAGACCAGGGGGCUCACCUUCGCUGAGAUCCAACGGCGCUUCGUGGCCAGAGCCGAAGGGAUCGCCCUGUCGGAGGCGGAGGAGGACGAAUGCGCCAUGAAAUUGCCGCCGUUCAAGUCCGACGCGACUCACACGAAGAAGAAUCUGAGUGCGUGUUGACCCUCUUAGCUCCGAUUGCCAUUUCACAAGUUUGCAAAACUUUUUUUCCUCUACCUAUCUAAUUCCAUGGAAAAUAUCAAUUUUAUGUGAAACAAGCUGUCUCGCCAAGAAUCGAUUGUUUUAUAUACAUUCUAAUGGUAGGAAAAUGGUGUUCCCAAUUUUCAAGAAUCACCACUUUACGCAGCAGUACUGCCGUGCUAAGGAAAAAAACCGUAUGAACCUUCAGCCGUUGCCAAAUUUCCCUAGACACAAUACGGAUUUAUCGAAAAGUUGUGUAUGUUUUUCUUCCAAUUUUUCGGACGACUUGUUCUAAAGCCUUGUCUCCACGGGCGUUUCAUGGGAUUUGUCCCAGGGAAAAAUCUCACUUGCGAAGUUGGGAAAAAUAUUCAGUUAGUCAAUACUAAUCACAUUACCAAUUAAGAGUCCUUAUGGAGUCCCAGGAACGAUUUAAAAAGAAGAAAAAGAAACUUUGUUGUGUUGUUUAACGGGGAAAAAUUCCUGCGACUCAAACUUGGGAAAAAUUCCAUGAAACGUGCCGUGGAGAGCAGGCGUAAUUUAAUCGAAGGUAUCUGAAAAUUUCAAGAAAAAUAUGCAUCACUUUCUUUCAAAAUACAGUUUUUAUCAGGGAAAAUUUGGCAACAUCGAAUGUUCAAUCGGCGUUAUUCCUAUGCACGGCAGAAUACUACACAGUUGAGGCAGCUCACCAGUCAAAGCCGCAUUACAAUUGAUUUUUUCCAGGCACGGUGAAAUGGGACAAAGUUUCCCGCGGAAAAUAGCUCCUAAAUUAAUUGGCAAGAUGAAAAACUCUGUGUACAGAACUGAGUACCUACGCCAUGAUAUUUACACGCAGGAAGGAUUUUGUCUGCUUGUGAGCCUCCUAAAAUAGAAAAUAGGAAAAAAGAAAGAAAAAAUAAUAAUAAUCUUCAAAUAUUGUCUCUAAUUAACAUAUCGACGGUGCAAGUCCGUCACCACAUAUCUCGGGUUGCGACGUUGCAGACUUCCUGUCAUACUUUAUUUUUUAAAUGAAAAACUACUCAAAGGCAAUUUUUAAGAACUGCCUUGAAUUUUCCUCUUAGUGCCAAGACAUUCCGUGAAAACUUCAAGGAAUGAUGUCGGUUUGUUCGCCUUUAAAAAAAUAAAAUAGGAGCGGAGAUUUUCCAACACUGCAAACGAGAUACGUGGUUGCGGACUUACACCGUCGAUAUGCUCUUUUUCUUCACAAAAUGUCAUUAUUUUUCAUAGCCAAACCUAAAGAUUAACGAGACAAAUGUCCAUGAUUUUCUGGAUAUAGAACACUCUCCAGAUAUGCCCAGAUAUGCCAUGGCUGUCUUGAAAUUCUCAAAAUUUAAUUCAGGAUAUUCAUUGUUGAAAAGCCUCGAUUAAAAAAUUCUGCCUUUUGGGGCUUAGGCGAGACCUUGGUAUUCUUUGUGAGGAAGAUUAAUUUUUAAACGUAUUUACCAGUGUUUUAUAGGUUUUUUGAUGAUUCAAUAUAAUAUAAGUUAGGUUAUAGUAUAAGUUAUAGUAGAGAAAUCAACAGGGAAAAUUGUGCUCUCAAACUUCCUCUGCAGUAGGUCAUUGAUUGAGAUAAAUACGAUUGGGCCUCGAAAUUAUUAAUUACAUCCAACCGAUUAGAAGCCUAGAUCUGUAUUCUAUUGGCAAUGAAUCCUUUUUGAGUACCUAUGUGAUUGUGAGCUCAUGCGAUCUCAUUUUAAUUAACUCUGUGUUUAAUUUGUUUUACUUUUGUUCAUGCGUCUUGGUAUGCACUUUUGUUGAUAUUUCCACAGUCUUGCUCGUUUUUUUUCUUUCUCCUACUUUUUUUUUAAUUUCUAUUCUAUGUUGAAAAGCAAAGACUUAUCUGUGUUCUAAUUGUAUUGUGUUUUGCUCAAGAUAAAUGUGAUCUUUUUCUUCAACUUUGCAUUGCAUUUGACUGCAUUUCGUAUUAUGUGCAUGAAUAAGGACUUGAGAUGUUAACUUCUCAUGACUACUUCCAGUGGCGAGGCGUGAAAGAUCGAUUAUCGAUAUCUCCCUGUUUGAAGCUACGAUGAGGAAUCGAUUAUCAAGGUGUUCGUUGCGAACACCUUGUUUAUUGAUGCUUUUCCAUAGGUUUAAAUAGCAGACCAAUCGAUGUAUCGCAAAGCACGCCGUACGCUACUGACUACUUUUUGCACGCAGAAAAGAUUUUUUCGGUGUUCAAAAAUUCAAUCAGAUGAAACAUUUUGCAAAAUCCCCAAUGGUGCCAUUGGAUUUUCUCUGAAAUCAACUUCUAAGCUCAAAAACAAUUUUCAACGCUGAGGCUAUCGUGGAGGGGAUAACGGCUAUUGUAGCCAUCUUUAUUUUCAAUAAAACUCCUCAUGCAGAGACAGAGCCAAAAAUACAUUGUAGAGUGAGGUUGUUACUGUCAAGUAAGACCCACGAGCUUCAGGAUGGUGAUAAUUAGCCCACAAGCAUGACAACCAUAUUAGGUAUUCAACUUUGUAUCUCUGCAAUGAGAGUUCAAUUAAAUGCACAUGCACACUCACAAAAUAAGUAAUGUACUCCAUUGAGUACGGUUUCAAUUUUGUGAGUUUUCAUUGAGCUUGGGCUUUGCUUUUAGAGAAAACCAGAUGCAUUAACGUGUUUCUUACGGAAUUCCACGUAGGCCUAAUUUUAAUGAUGAAAUGGACUUAUUUCUAUCAAACGGAACUAUGUAAAUUAGGACAUGAGCCCUGAGGCCCAUAAGAAUAUAUGCAUAACAGGGCUCACGUCUUAAUGCACAUAGUUCCGUUUGACAGAAAUACGAGCAAAUAAAAAAUCCUCACUGCAUGUAGGAACACCAUUUUGAUUAUACAAAAUCAGCUGUUGGCUGAUGAAUGUACGGCUCAACGGCUAAUUUUGUAUAAUCACCCAAUAUUCAAUUCUUAUCAAGGGAGAAAGAUAGGUCACAAUGAAAUGAGAAUUAAUUAUCCUUCGGGCGCCGCGUUGGGCAGCAGAAAACGUUGAAAAUAACGAUCUUAAUAUAAACAUAGGAUGAACAAUGUUGCCCCAAAUGAAGUUUUCUCUCUCCGAAAGUAAUUAUUGAGAAUCACUGAUUUUGAGGUAGGUUCAUCGAACUGAUGGGGCACCUUCGACCGUUUUGGGGACAAGCCUGAUUGAAAUGAGCCCACGCUAAUUAGCUGGUUUUUAAUGACCUCGUUAUUCAAUAUUGCAUGUUUUCAACUGUAAUAACAUGACUUUCACUGGUUAUUCAAAGAAGUUAUAUCGAUUUUGAAUAGAAGCAUACUCUCUAAUCAAAAAGUAGCAAUGAAUGCAAUGAAAAAAUAGCAUUCAACUAAACUUCGAUUCUAAAUGCCUGAUGAGCAAAUUAAUUCAAAUGAAAAUUUUAAGUCUUGCUCGCUUCCCACGAAUCAUUGAUUAUAUUGAUAAUCUCAUUGUGACUCAUGUCAUGCUCUCUCUUGUUUUUGUCGACUUCACUGGCGUGGAGUGCAUUGCUAUAAAUCGAUUGUUAUGCCAUUUAAACUUAUGGAAAAGGAUCGAUAAACAAGGUGUUCGCAGCGAACAUCUUAAUAAUCGAUUCUUUACCAUAGGUUUAAAUGGCAGAGCAAUCGAUACAUUGCGAUUCACGCCACGCCACUGGUCAACAUAGGCAUUCGUUUCGAUGGUUGCUCUCAAUUUCAUUAAAGCUGGAGAAAGUUGCGCAACCUUUUAUCUCCAUCGCGGUGUUUCAAAAUUUCCGAUAAUAUUGUAUUUUUUCGACGAGGAAGAAAGACAACUUUAUUGCUUGAAAUGUAUACAGAAUAGUUCGCUAACAGAGAGGAAAAAUCAAAGAAGUUUUCAAGAAUCCACGUUGACUUGCCGUCCAAAAAAGAAGAAAAAAAAGUUUCAGGAAGUCUGCAACGUCGCUACCGGAGAUACGUGGUUUCGAUAAUGGAUUUAUUUCUUAUGGAAAAAUUUAUUUUUGUGUUAUUUUGUUGUAAAUGUAUUAUACAAAUAUAUUUUACGCAUUAUUUUAUACACAAUUUUCGUAGGUGAGAAAUGAACUCGAUGUGUUAGAAUAAAUCUGGCUUUGUCUAAUGAU